GGGACGGGGGCGGAGGCGGGGCGGCAGCUGAGCGGGGACAGAGGCGGAAGCGAAGGUGGAGGCGGGGACAGAAGCGAAAGCGAAGGCGGAGGCGGAGGCGUUUUGAAAGACCCCUCUCUGGAUACACAGCCCUCGGGCAGUCUUGUGAAGCCGGGGCAGCGGUUCCUGUCUUCUGACAGCAGCCACCGCUCUGUUUUUGGAGGCCUGCGCACCUGCUUCCUGUAUCUGGGGAAUUAGUCCCGCCAGAAAGCCAGAAGCUUAACUGAAAAUGGUACGUGUUAGAAGACGUGAAACAAGGAGAAAUUCUAAAAGCCAAGUACCUGAGCAAAAAUCUCGAGUUGAUUGGCGUCGGACUAAAAGAAGUAUCUCACAGCUUUUUGAUAGUGAUGACAAGCUUGAUAGUGAUGAGGAACUUGAACUUGAUAGUGAUGAAGAGCUUGGGAGUGGUGAAAGGAUUGAUAGUGAUGAAGAGCUUGGGAGUGGUGAAAGGAUUGAUAGUGAUGAAGAGCUUGAGAGUAGCAAGAAGCCUGGGAUUAAUGAAAUACCAGAGAAGGAAAUAGAGCUUAAAUUAAUCAAAGUUGAAAGUGAGGGAAACAGCAGUAAGCCUCUUAGAAACACCGACAACAGUUCAACAGAGGAAGAAAAAAUGACCACAAGUGAGCAUAAUGACUUGGCAGAUGAUGAAAAUCACCCAGGUCAAGAGGAGGGUGGUGCCAGCAAGCACACCAAACAAGUCACAGAGGAGGAUGUGGAAGAUGAAUGCAUCAAGCCAGGAAAAAGAAAGAGGCCGUCCUCUGUAAUGUAUGACAGUGAUGAGAGCGAUGACAGUGACAUCCCCGUUAGCAAAGCAGGUGCUAAACGUUCACGCAGGGUGGAGGAAGACGAGUGUUCUUCAUUGGAGAUGGAAGGAGAAACCCCUGAAAAUUCAUUGGCUGCUCAAAAGCGAGAACACCAGCAGAAGCUAAAGGAACUCUCAGAAAGAUCACGCCAGAGACAAAGACGCAACAGUGGUAGAGGUUUUGAGGACUCUGAAAAGGAAUCUUGUUCAAGUACUGAUGAAGAUGUGGAUGAGGAUGCUUACAGAGAUGGAAAUGAAGAUGGCUAUGUGAUUGAUGACUUUGUAGUGCAAGAUGAGGAAGGAGAUGAAGAGAGUAAAAGUCAACAAGGAGAAAGUUUGACUACAUCACAGCUGAAAUUAGUAAAACAGAAUUCACUUUAUUCUUUUUACGACCACUAUACUCACUUUGAAACAGUUGUGAAGGCUCUUCUGAUCAAUGCUAUCGAUGGAUCUUUUCUGGAAACCUUGUAUGCUGGCAAAAGGAAGAAGUUAUAUGCAAAGGAUAUGUUGACGUCUCUUCAUUAUUUGGAUAACCGCUUUAUUCAACCCCGUCUGGAAAGUUUAUUCUCUAGAAGUCGAUGGAAAGAGCAAUAUAAGGAGCGAGUUGAAAGCUACUCUAACUUACAAAUCCACACGAAGAACCCUGAGAACUGCUCCUGCCAGGCUUGUGGCCUGCAUCGCUACUGUAAAUACUCGGUGCACCUCUCGGGAAACUUGUACAACAACAAGACAAUGGAGACAGAUGACUUCAUGUCUCACAACAAGCAGGUGUUUAUUGUUGGCAGAAUUUGUGCUAAUCGCACCAAAAUUUAUCAUAAACUAAAGCAUUUUAAAUUCAAACUGUACCAAGAAUGUUGCUCCCUUGCAAAAGAAAAAGAAGAAUGUGCAGAUGAACAGGUUAAAGAAACAGUAGGAAGAAUCUUCAGUCAGUCAAAAGAAAAUGGCUGGAUUAAAAAGAGAUAUGAUGAACUGCAAGAAUAUCUCAAUUCUGCGGAUCUUUUUCAAGAUGAGAAGUUUGAAUUGUAGAACGUUUCCUUCAGAGAAGAUUUUUAUAAGUUUCCUUAAAUGCGACGAUCAUGAGUAUUGUUUUUCUGUAUCAUGUGACAUUUGUUGUAUAAUCUGUGUGUAUUUUAUGGCAAAAUAUCUUGUUUAUAUACUCAUCUGAUUUUUAUGAAAUCAGUGAAUUUCAAUAAAGCCUUCAUAGAUGUCCAUGGAGAACAUCAACUUUGUGGUUCAAAAAUCGAUCAAUGUAUUUUAGUGAUGUAUCGAUGCUUUUCUCAUACAUGAUCUGCAGUUGAGUGUGCUAUCAUGUCCUGUCAGUUUAGUAGAAAUAGGCUCUAUGAAAAUAUCUUUGGACUGACUUGGAGAUUGCUCAGUCAAUAUAGCAAUCGCCUUACAAGCACAAGGACCUGAGUGCAGUCCCCAGAACCAUAUUUCAAACAAAAGCCAGUCACAGUGGCAUGUACUUGUAAUGUCUGCACUGGGGAGGCAAAGAUGAGGCCAAUCCCUAAGGCUUGUGAGCCAGGCAGCCAACCCACUCUCUUGCCAGUCAGAGACCCUGCCACAAAAGACAAGAUGGCUCGUGCUUGUCAAUGAACCCCAGGCUAUCCUCUGAGCUCAGCAUGCAUACAGAUAUCUAUGUGCAUGUGCCCACACAUGUGUGCAACCACACACAAGCACCUUCACACUCACACUAUAUAUGCAUGUGUAUAUUCACAGAUAGUGAGACUCAUGCCUAUAUGUACUUAUUGUUGCACCCCUUGGCAGUAUUAAAUAAUCUUCAAUACUAAAUGUCUAAUUAACGUCUCCUCAAUCAGUGAGCCAUGGAAGAAGCCUCAGACUCCUAACCUCAGAAUGGGACCAUAGUUUAUCUGCUACAGUGGUGGACUGCUUCCUUUUGUAACGUUUCCCUUAGGAAUAGAGGUCUCAUCCUCAGAGUCUUUCAGUCCUCACAUUCAAGAACUUCUUGAUACGUGUUUUCAUUCUGUGAGAUGCUUUGUUGUUUCUGUACAGUUUUAUCUGCAAUAUAUUAAUGAUGGAGAUGUAUUUUGUGAUAUUUUAGCCAUAACAUUAUAUAAUGUAUAUGUAUUGUACCAGUCUGAAAAUCUCAGAGAAAAGUUAAGCCAAAAAAUCCCACUUCAAAUGCUUGUUUUAUUGCCUACAUUACUUUGCACAUCCUAAUUUUUUCCAUAAUAUAAUAAAGUGGUUUCAGAAUAA